AUGGCUCCCACCGACAAAGUCACCCUCUUUUCGCUCUCGAAGGACAUCCGACUCUCCAUUUUCGAGCAUCUCCUCGUUCCCGGAUCUUUCGAGCUGGGAUCUCCGGACGAAUGUGGCAGACCACGCUGGACGCACAUCAUCCGUCCCGAAUACGCAGAAACGCCGUCUGAUGAGAGACACCUCUGCCACUCGCGAAUCGCUCGAGGAUGGCAUGAUGAGAAGGCUCAGUUGAUCAGGCUGUUUGGAUACAACGCGAAGUACUUGCAAUACCAGCUGCGAUCGGGACGUUCUCGCAUGCCUGGCAUCGGCCCUCACGAUCCACGACUCCACGACCUCAAUGAUCCCAUGUUGUCCGAACGAGGAUUGCGCACAGUGAGACGAUACGCGACAUGCGCCUAUGGAGCCUGCGAUUGGAGAUCGUCGACGACACUCACGCGUGAUGCUUGCGCGAAGUUCUUCGCUCCCCUGCUCAUCUGCAAGGCCCUCUACCUGGAAUUGCGGACUCUGGUGUUCUCCGACAACGUGUUCUCGUUCCGCGCCCCGAAGGAUCUUCUCAGGUUUAUUUCUCGCUUGAGCAGCUGGCAGAGGGACGAGCUGAGGAGAGUGCAGAUCUUGCAUAGCAACAUUGUCAUACUUUUCAAGUCCAUAUCCAACGCGAGAGAAGACAUGGAGCGGCGCGAGCGGCUGAUGGGACGUACGAGCCUGCAAAGAUACUCGACUGCGCAGACUUGGAUCUGA